UGGGCGUGACCAAGAACAUUAGUUGAACAUAACCUCAAAAGUUCAACAAAACAUAUCUGAGAAGUCUAGACGUAGGUUUAAUGUACUUGAAGUAAACAUAAAUCGACCAAACAUCAAAUUGUUUUAAAUAAAAAUUGACUGCAAUGUGACCUGCUAAAUCCAGGUGAAAUGAGGAUAUUGGUAUUUAGAAGAAUACAUUUGAACAAACGUUGUUAGGAGGUUAGAAAAAUUCUUAAAUGACUAAUACACUUACUCAUUUAGUAAGCUUUAAGACUGAUUAAACUUUAUUUAAAAUGCUGCGUGCAUUUUUAUUUUUUGUAAUCAUUUGCUAUGCUGUUUGUUAUGAAUAUACGUUUCUGGGUUGCUAUAAAGAUUUACCUAUGCUGAGAACAUUUACUGUACCACAGCUUCAGAAGAAAGACCCAUGUCUAAAUAUUUGUUAUGAAAAAUACUACAGAUAUGCAUAUAUUUACAAUAAUGGGCAGUGUGUCUGUGGAAAUUAUCAGGGCGAGCAAGUUACUAAUGCCACAUGUAGUGACUGCGACUCUUGUGACCCGUCUCAGAAUUUGUUGGAUAUUUAUGCCACAGGAAAUUUAGUACCUGGUCCACCAAGAAAUUUCACUGUUUCAAAUGUCACGGAAACUAGUGUUAGGUUGACAUGGCAAGAACCAGAAUCGUUCGUAGAAAUUACAUCAUAUCAAAUCAGAGCAAUAAUAAUUCGAACCUACUCAAGAUUUUCUCCUAUUAGUCCUAAUUGGAUGUAUUCUAAUAAUACUUUUCAGACAGAAUUAAUUACUUUGUUGCCCGGGACGAAAUAUAAUAUUACUCUAUCGACAAAAUCUCCAAAUGGCAAUGGAGCUUUAGUGUUUAAGGUUAUUGAAACUAAAAUUUCAGAUCCUGAUAAUUUACCAACGCAACCGGAAAUCGUAAAGCACGAGGGGUCUAAAAUAAAAAUAAAAAUAAUGCCGACAAUUAACAACAAUGGUCCAGUAACAGCUUAUAGAGUAAUAGUUGUAGAUGAAGAUGUGAAGCAAGGUUUUGAUAAAGAUAGCGUGUUAUCUUACGAAGAAGCCAAGAAAAAUGGUUUGUCCUACUACAUAGCUGCUGAAUUACUGCCUAAGGAUAUAGACGGGGAAUUUGUAGUAGGUGAUGGGCGUAAAUAUGGAAGAUAUUACAAUGCCCCCCUAGAUCCUAGCAUAAACUAUAACAUAAUUUUGGCUGUAAUAAGUGAAUUAAAUGGAAUAACAAAAAUUGCUUAUAGUGAUGCUAGUGGUACACAUAACGGAGUCUUCAUUCUCAACGUAAAUCCUGAUGAUUUGGGUGGAGAUUCACCUGCUGUUAUUAUCGGACUUUCCAUUGCAAUUGGGUUACUGAGUUUUAUGUUGAUUGCAGGAAUCAUUGUGUUCAUUAUACUGAAAAGUCGAGUCAUCAACAGACGACAACGGUUGUCGGAUAAUCAAGAAUUAACUUUACAAGGACCCAUGAUCGAAGUUGAAAACAAUGGAUAUAUCCACGAAGAAGAACAUGUUCCUAUUAACCACUACAGAGUUUUGAAACAAAAAGUCCAUACAAUUUCCUCUAAUCAGUUGAAAAUAGAACCCACAAAUCUGCUUGGCGUUGGGAAAUACGGCAGGGUGAACAGCGGAACUAUACAUGAAAAUAACACUUUAAUUCCAGUGGCAGCGUACAGCAUUCAAGACAAAAAAAUGUCUCAGGAAACCAAACGAUCUAUGCUGCAGGAUCUAGAUGUGCUGAUCAAAGUUGGGAAACACGAGAAUCUCAUUAGCCUCAUUGGCACUUGUGAAACUGCUCAAGUGGUUUCCGUCAUCUUGGAUUAUGUAUCGAUGAAUCUCAAAGACUUGUUGUUAGGAAGUCGAGAUACUUUGCCUGGUAGAUUUAGCAACAUGUCGGAGGCUCAAGCAUUGGACAUUGCUAUACAGAUUGCGAGUGGCAUGGCUCACCUGGAGGCUUGCAAGGUAAUCCAUAAACAGUUAUGUGCAAGAAGUGUGAUGAUAUCAAAUGGAUUUACGCCAAAAAUUAGUAGUUACGGUUUAGCUCAGUACUUUAGCCACAAUAAAAUUCCGGAUUAUACCAGAUGGACAGCUUUGGAAGUGUUCAAGGGCCAACCGCCUAAUUAUAAGAGUGACGUGUGGUCAUACUCUUGUCUGCUUUGGGAAAUAUGUGUUUUAGGUGGCACGCCUUAUGGCAACACCUCAAACAACAAUGAAAUUCCUGAGAGAGUGAUGAAAGGUCUGCGUCUUCCACAACUACAGUACAUCAGUGACGAUCUUUACCAAAUCAUGUUGGAUUGUUGGCAGCUGGAUUGUGACGAACGACCAAAGUUUGUGGAUUUAGUGGACUCUCUCACAAACUUAAAGGAAAACAAUCUCAUUCCUUAUUUAAAUUUCAACCUCUUCUCUAAUUUCCAGUAUGAGCAAUUUUAUCCCGAUAUGGAACUAGCCGUAAGACCUGUAUUCUAAAGAUAAUGUAUUAACAUUAAGUAUUACUUUAUUCAUUUUUUUUACAUAUGUAUAUUUAUCUGUUACUACCAGUUUGAUAACUGCUGACAAGAUGUAUUAAUAUUAAAGUAACAGAAACAUGUUCAGUAAUGGGGUUGUAUGACUAUAGUUACCAAAUCCAGAAUAAUUCCGGAUUACACCUAACUGAAAAAGAAAAGCGAAUAUUUCAAAAAGCGUGAAGUCUGGCACUACUUUACAUUUACAUUAAUGUCCUGAAAAUAUCUAUACUCUAAUAUUUUGAGGGUUUUUCUUCGAUUUAGUAUUAGUGAAAUUCUGUGUUAAUAAUUUGCCAAAUAAUAUUGCGUUAAGAUUUUUUGUGGCAGCUUGUUGAUAUGUUACUUAUUUUAGUCAGUGCAGCUUCUUGAAAAGUUAGUGUUCUCAAUGUUUUUUUCUUAUGGAUAGGUAGAGCAAGAGUUUUUAACAGUUGUCAAAAUAUGUUUUAAAUUCGUACGAUAAUACUCCGAGAUUUAUAUUUUUUAUAAAUAUUUAAUAAGAAUUUUGAGAUUGAUAUUUAAAAAUGUUUAAUUAGGAAACAGUUUUUUUAAAUACUCAUUUGAAUUUGUACUUUAGCCGCUUAACGCGUUUACCUGAAUUAACGCAGGCAAUCACAUCGCUAUAACUCGGGUCCCUAUUUUUUCAUUGAAUGUAUACACUACACCACCAUGACACUAAUAGUCUCUAUUACUAUUUUAAUACUCAUUUUGUUUUAUCUUUUACCAGAUAAAAUAUUUAAGAGGACUCUAUCGCAAAUAGGCAACCAGCAAUACAUUUUCAUAGAUUAUCUUACACAGUUUGUGUAAAUAUGAAUCAAUGCACAAAUAAUAGACUUUCCUCAAUUCUAACGCAGAUUUUCUAUAAACUCUAAUUAGUUUUUGUGAAGAAAUUUGUAAUUUGUCGCAUUUGUACAAGCGACAUUGUAAAUUACAAAUUUCUUUACACCGAAAAGUUAUUUGAGUUUCAAACUAAGUCCAUUUUAUAGAAAAUCUGCUUUAAA